GAAGCGAAAUAAUGCGAUAAACUUUUAUCUGUCUCUCGAAUGACAGUAUCGGAUGAUCUAAAUCCACGGAUCGUUCAUUCUUUCUCCAAGUAGUCCAAAAGUGGUUGUGUUUUGUUCGCAUGAAACGGAUAAUUUAACAUUUUACUGUUCCGGCCAUUUUAUAUGUUCCAAAAUGGUCCGGAGAAAGACCAAGUGGAAGUGUCUCAUCCUCAUCAACCUAAUAUUGUUGAGUGUGUUCGCAAAAUCUUUACCAAUAGAAAGGAAAAUACAAUCACUAAACGUAGUUGAUACUGCUUUUGCGGAACCUGAGUUACCUCGAAUACCGUUAGUACCAUUUAGUGAACAUGUGAAAAGCGACGAUUUUGAACCAAAUGGAGAGGUUGAUACUACGGAAGGUAACACAGAACCUCUAACUACAACUGAUGCCAAUACAGAAACACCUAGCACCGUGGAAGAUGAAGUACUUACUACAACUGAAUCAGUUAUUAUUCCUUUCACUUCAGAAGAAGAUAAUGCAGUAGAAUCCAAUGUGACUAUGUUAACAAAUGGAACCAGAUCUCUAUUCCGAAAUGUAAGACCAGGUCAAGAAGCAAGACAAUACAGCAUCGAAAUAACCCCCAAUGGAAACACUUUUACUGGUCGUGCCGUCAUUCAAGUGCGUAUAACUAGUGCAACCAUGGAAGAUCCUAUUGUUUUACACGUUGAAGAUCUUAAUAUUCAAGCAGUUCGAACUGGAAUCUUUACGGAAGUGAAUGCGAUUCCAGCCGAUUUUAAUGUUGAUGACGGCGUGUUGGAAAUAUGGCCUCAGCAAGAAGCUUCGAACUAUAUAGUAGUAAUAGAGUAUACUGGAAACAUGCAAACCGGCUUCGGAUUGUUUCAAGGCGAAUUCAGCGGAAUCGACUACUUGGCAAUGAACCUGCACGCCACCAACGCCCGGCGGGUGUUCCCUUGCAUGGACGAGCUCACGGAACCAUCGACUAUCUCUUUCACCUUCAAUAACAUCCCAUACAAUAACAUCUUUAUGAAUUCUGCUCAAGAAGACAACACUAACGGCCAAUUCAAAGCAUUGCUAGGCCCAGCGGGGCUUUGGGGCAUGGUAGCCCACAACUUUAACAAUAUCAACAACCCCGCGGCUGGCGUGCAACUUUACGCUCGCCCGGGAGUUAUCAACCAAGAAAACCAGGCUUCAGUCGCCAUCAAUUCUUAUUUCAACAACCUGGAACAGUGGACUCAAAAACCUUAUAAUGAAAUCGUUCUGGACCAAGACGGAAGGAUGCUUGUUAUAGCGUUACCUGACGUGCAUAAAGAUUGGUAUGCCCUGUCAACGGUUUGCAUCUGGGAACCAUACGUCUUGAUGGAACGGGUAAAUUCGGUGAAACAGAGAAAGGAAGCAUUAGCUGAGAUGGCUGAGGCAAUAGCUAGGCAGUGGUACGGAUAUGUCAUCUAUCCCGAGAACUGGCGCUUCCAGUGGGUGAUCCAAGGCCUUGCUUCUUACACUGGCUACGAGCUCAACAGAGAAUUCCAAAACAACCAAUUAUUAGACGUGACACUCGUGGACUUCAACACAGUAUUCGUAACUGACGUCGUCCAAGAAUCCUUGUACCGGGACGGAUACGCCAUCGCCCGUCCUCUAGAGCCGGCGGAAGAAAUAUUCGAUGAAAAUGAAAUAAGAGACCACAUUGCUGGACAACGGAUAUUGAAAUACAAAGCCCCGGCGAUAAUGAACAUGUUGAAACUGAUUCUCGGCAACGAGGAACAGGAUUUCAUUCGGGCAGCAGGCCAGAUACUUUUGAACAGCAGGGCGUUAGAAACAAUAAACUCGCGAUUCUUCAUCGACGCCAUAAACGCCGAGUGGCUAACCAACGGCAACAACAUGGUAGAUGACAUAACGGAGUUUCUGGAGCCGUGGAUUACGUCGAAUGGCUACCCGACUCUUCAUGUCGGGAUGAGGCAGGGCGGCGUUCUGCUUACCCAGGAAAAAUUCGGCUUCACCGCAUCGGAGCAGGUGAACUACCAGAUCCCAGUCACUUGGACGACAAGCAUCAACCCCAACUACGAGACCAACAACAUCAGACCGACGGCCAUGAUGGAUAACACUAUGACAAUAAAUAUCCCGCUCGAUGAAGAGGACUAUGUAUUGUUUAACAUUCAGGGACAAGGAUACUACCGUGUCAACUACGACUUGGCUCUAUGGGAGAGGAUUAUAUGGGCGCUGGAGGAUCCGGAGCAACGCGAACUAAUCCACCCGCUCAACCGCGCCACACUUGUAGACGAUGCCCUUAACCUCGCAAGGGCCGGUAUGCUGGACUACGACAUCGCCUUCCAAGUAGUCCUCACCAUGGAGCAUGAGAUCAGCUACGCGCCAUGGAAGGCCUUCGUCAGGAACAUGGGCUUCUUGCAGAAGAGGCUUCUUGCAAUGGUGGAAGUAGACGAAGAAUUGGAUCCAGACAUUUACUUGAGAAUGGUCCGGCGAACAGUAGGCAGAGUGGAAGACGAGAUCGGCUUCUACCCUGACAUCUCUGUGACUGAGGACUCCGAUGUGGCCAUGACGCGAGGGCUGGUUAUGGAACACGCCUGCAAGGCUGGCUACGCGCCGUGUGUGGCUGCAGCCAUUGAUUGGUUCUGGGAUCCUAAUGAUCGGGAUGUGGUUAACCCCAACAUACCGCAUGAAAUAAGGCCAGCAGUAUACUGUACCAUGGUAAGAGAAGGAGGGAAUGACGUCAUCAACGCAUUAUACGAACGCCGGGAGAUAGAGCCGACGAUAUAUGAACAGGUCGUCAUUCUUGAAUCCUUGGCUUGCUCUCAGGACCAACAGUUUCUUUCAACAUAUCUCGCAGAAACUUUGGCUUCCAACGGCCCCUAUAGCACUGAGGAGAGGAACAGGAUCUUCAAAGCCAUAGUGGGGUCCGGCACUGACAACGCUUUCACCGCUAUCAACUUCAUCUCACGAAACACGGCUAACGUGAGAGCAAUGUAUGGAGGACCGGAGAAAUUGGAAGAUAUCGUUUGGCACAUGGUUGAAUGCUUGGCGGGUGACGGCCUAUCCAUAGAGUACCAAAACUGGGCAAACUCCAUCAAUAGCGACCUCUGGGACUCCGAAAUGGCCGCCCAACGAGCCAAAGACAUCGUCGAAGAAAACCUGAGAUGGGAGCAGCAGCACCUCGAAUACGUGUACGAAUGGAUUGACGAAAACGAUGCGCCUACGCUCGUCGUCUCUAUGCUCUUGAUAUUAGGGUCGGUUUUGGUUACGAUUUUUAACCAUUGAU